AUGAGCUGCCAGCACACCAUGCCAGCUGUCAUUUCCCCCCACUCGACCUCCCCUGGCGCUGACGUGUCGUCCUUUCCCGGCAGCCCUCGGCACUACAAUCUGGUCCCCAUGGUCGUGGAGCAGACGCCACGUGGCGAGCGCGCAUUCGACAUCUUCUCCCGGCUGCUCAAGGAGCGGAUCGUGUGCGUGAACGGCGCGAUAGGCGACGACACGGCGGCACUGGUGGUGGCUCAGCUGCUGUAUUUAGAAUCAGAACACCCCGAGAAACCUGUGUACAUGUACAUAAACUCGCCUGGCGGUCUGGUGACUGCAGGCCUUGCCAUAUACGACACCAUGCAGUACAUCCAGUGUACAGUGAGCACUCUCUGCGUGGGCCAAGCAGCCUCCAUGGCCACGCUGCUGCUCGCAGCAGGGGAGGCGGGGCAGAGGCGCUCGCUGCCCAACGCGCGGCUCAUGGUGCACCAGCCGUCAGGGGGCGCCCAGGGGCAGGCCACGGAUAUUGCCAUUCAUGCAGAGGAGAUUAUCAAGACUAAGGGCCGGCUGAAUGGGCUUUAUGCUAAGCACACGGGGAAGGAGAUUGGUGUGAUUGCUGAGAGCAUGGAGAGGGAUCGCUUCAUGAGCCCUACAGAGGCACUCUCCUUUGGGCUUAUAGACGAGGUUAUCGACAAAAGACCUGCUGCCUUGGUCACAGAUUGUGUCAAGUGA